AUGAGUGAGUACGAAGGACCACCCAGUGUCAGUUUGUCUGCCCCUUCCUUGGCUGACCUCCAGUCUGUACCCACACCUGGACCUUCCUACUAUGGUCUCAACUCUCCCGCAGCUUUCACUCCCUCCACACCUAUGGACCACGGUAUAGAACCCACCAUUCAGAACAUUGUCUCUACAGUCAACUUGGGCUGUAGACUUGAUCUCAAGCAGAUUGCGCUGCAUGCAAGGAAUGCUGAGUACAAUCCAAAACGAUUUGCAGCAGUGAUAAUGAGGAUAAGAGAGCCGCGGACCACUGCGUUAUUGUUCAAUAGUGGCAAGAUGGUCUGUACAGGGGCCAAGAGUGAAGACGAAUCCAGACUUGCUGCCCGAAAAUAUGCGAGGGUUGUUCAGAAAUUAGGUUUCCCUGCCAAAUUCACCGAGUUUAAAAUUCAGAAUAUGGUAGGCAGUUGUGAUGUUAAAUUUCCAAUUAGACUUGAAGGGCUAUAUGCACAACAUGGACAGUUUUCUCAUUAUGAGCCUGAGUUAUUUCCUGGGCUUAUUUACAGAAUGUUGAGACCAAAGAUUGUUCUCCUGAUAUUCGUGUCGGGAAAAGUUGUACUAACGGGAGCAAAAGACAGACAAGAUAUAAAUGCUGCAUUUGAAUGUAUUUAUCCCAUCUUGAAGAAUUUCCGGAAAAAAUAA